AUAUAGCAUCCACUUCAUAGCUUUUUCCUCACUCUCAUUCCUCUUUUUUCUUUCUUUCUCCUUGUUUCGUCUCUUUAUUUCUUUCUUCCUCAUAAAAAAGAAGUUAACACAUAAACAUAUGUAACUGGAGAAGAAGAUAUUAAAAGGAGAGAUGGGUUCAAGGAGAUUAAUCAUGGUGAUGGUGAUGGUCGUGGUGAUGAUGGAUACGAAAUUCAUAUGUGCUCAGGAUAUCUCCAGAGGCAGUUUCCCUAAGGGCUUUGUCUUCGGAACUGCUUCUUCUGCUUUUCAGCACGAGGGAGCAGUAAAGGAAGAAGGAAGAGGUCCAACGAUAUGGGACACAUUUUCCCACACUUUUGGUAAAAUCACUGAUUUUAGUAACGCCGAUGUUGCUGUUGAUCAGUACCAUCGUUACGAGGAAGAUGUACAACUCAUGAAGAACAUGGGCAUGGACGCUUAUAGAUUUUCCAUCUCGUGGACACGCAUAUUCCCAAAUGGCGUGGGACAAAUAAACGAAGCCGGAAUCGAUCACUACAACAAACUCAUAAAUGCUUUACUUGCUAAAGGGAUCGAGCCAUAUGUGACGUUGUACCAUUGGGACCUUCCACAGGCACUCCAUGAUCGAUACCUCGGUUGGUUAAACCCACAAAUCAUAAAUGAUUUUGCAGCCUAUGCAGAGGUUUGUUUCCAGAGAUUUGGAGAUAGAGUGAAACAUUGGAUCACAUUCAACGAGCCACACACAUUUGCCAUACAAGGCUAUGAUGUUGGUCUACAAGCUCCAGGCCGUUGCACUAUUCUUUUUAAGCUCACUUGUCGCUCUGGAAACUCAUCUACCGAGCCUUACAUCGUCGGUCACAAUGUUCUUCUCACUCACGCCACCGUAUCAGAUAUCUACAAGAAAAAGUAUAAGGCAAAGCAGGGAGGUUCAUUAGGGAUAGCGUUUGAUGUAAUGUGGUAUGAACCGGAGUCAAACAAGACAGAGGACAUUGAAGCUGCACAAAGAGCUCAAGACUUUCAACUUGGCUGGUUUUUGGAUCCGUUGAUGUUUGGGGAUUAUCCGAGUUCGAUGAGGAGCAGAGUUGGAAGCAGAUUGCCAGUGUUCACGGGAUCUCAGUCUGCCCUGCUGAAGGGUUCACUAGACUUUGUAGGGAUUAAUCAUUACACAACGUACUAUGCAAGGAACAAUGACACCAAUCUCAUCGGCACUCUCUUACACGAUGCCGUUUCGGAUUCUGGAACCGUCACUCUGCCUUUUAAGGGUCUGAGUGCAAUUGGAGAUAGAGCUAGUUCGAUAUGGUUGUACAUAGUGCCUAGAGGGAUGAGAAGCUUAAUGAACUACGUCAAGAAACGAUAUGGAAACCCACCAGUCUUUAUCACUGAAAAUGGAAUGGAUGAUUCAAACAACAUUCUGAUCUCAAGAGAAGCAGCUCUCAAGGAUGCGAAGAGAAUCAAGUACCAUCAUGAUUAUCUUACGAGCUUACAAACUGCGAUUAAAGAGGAUGGAUGCAAUGUGAAAGGGUACUUUGUGUGGUCACUGUUGGACAAUUGGGAAUGGGCAGCUGGUUACAGUUCAAGAUUCGGUCUCUACUUCGUUGAUUAUAGAGACAAGCUCAAGAGAUACCCCAAGGACUCUGUUCGCUGGUUCACUUCUUUCUUAAACUCCACUUCUUGAUAUGUAUACACUGGAUGUUAGUUAUCAAUGAUUAGAAUUCAGUUUUGAUUUAUAAGAAAAAUAUUAAGCACAAGAAAAUCAAUGGAUGUUAGUUAUCA